AUGUACAAGGAUAAACAUGGGACUUCCUCCCAAGUGAGCUUGUUUAAGUGCCCCCCAAAGAACUGGGAGGCUAGGUCGUGGUCUGGAGAUGGUAGACGGCCAUCAGGAACGCUCCACUCGACUGAGUUCGGCUCACUUGAUCGAGCUUGUGGCUCCUCUUCCUCCUCUUCUUCAUCGUUGAAAUGUGUGUGGCUUCCUUGGCCUUGGAAGUCUUUAGCUUGA